AUGUCCAAUCCUCAGUUUUGGUCCACUCCCUUCCGCUACCUCCGCUGGGCUGCGCAUGAAAGGCCAGCUUACCUCGCUGCCACUCUCUUGGGAUUGUCGGGUCCUAUCUUCCUGGCCACCAUUCCUCCCAUCCGCCGCGCCCUCGGUGAUGUCGACCCCGAGCCUAUUCCCUUGACAUAUCCCAUUCCGCAGGGUCCGCGAGUGACUCCCAAGGGCUACGAAGACGAAUAA